AUGUCUGUAGAAACACAGCACCUGACGCCUCCUACUAUUCGUAUACAGAGUGCUUCACCAGUUCCCUUUGACCAAAUCAACACCACAUCCCUGAAAACAACGGGUUCAAAGUUUGAGAGCCUGCAACGACCCAAAUUUGUUUCCACUCGAUUCAGAAGCAACAACAACACCAACCAGUCCCGCAAGAGACCUUCCGCAGAGACAAAUUUGGACGACCGCCAAUCCACUGCUAAAAUGACUGCAACAAAGAUGGCCAGACACGGGUCAGAGAGCAGCACAAGCAGCUCAUCCUCGAAGAAGCACGCAUCAUCACCGUCAUCAAGAAAGUCGAAGUCCAGCCCCAAAGACGUCGAUUGGACCGACGUGACGGACCCCGAGGAGAGAAGACGGAUUCAAAACCGAAUUGCUCAGCGCAAGUUCAGAGAAAAGGCUCGGGAGAAUAAGGAAAAGGCAGAGCGAGAGCUUCGCAACCAAGAACAUGCUGGGAAUAGCUAUCGCAUCCCGUCUCCUGCAGACUUCAAUAUGGACAGGGAACUGUCGGGCCUUCCCUGGGGUGGUGUAAGCUGGGGCCUCGCCGUGUCAAGAGGACAUGAAGUACAGAGUCGCCGCAGCAGUGGUCGCGGUACAUAUGUCGGCGAUGAUCCUUACUCGGGCGCACAAUACGUCACUUACAGCCACGGUUUGCACCAGACGGCUAGUUAUGGCAGCAGUGGUGCAGAGGAAGCUUAUUACGACGAUACGAGUUACGCUUAUGACCCAACGGGCAUCCCGGCGUACGCAACAGUGGCUCAAUGA